GGAGGAGUAUAUAAUAUGAAGGUACAAUUGGAAACCCUCUUCAGUCUGAGUCUUCGAAUCGUUCAGUCGGAACGGACCCCGCCUUCCCUCUCUUCCUCGUUUCGGGCUGUGGGCAGAGUGAGUCACUCCAAUUCCUCGAAGUCAGCCGCACCUGCUCUUCCUUCUUCCCGCAGCCGAGGAAAAACAAACAAGUGUCGGAAAGUGAAGACUAGUGGAGGUUCAACUGCUUUUGAUACGGAAACGAUAUUAAGUAAGGGAUUAAUUCUUUCUAGAAUUUUGAUGGAGUAUACAAUCAAUGAUGAUGUAAAUGGUGAGGUUGUGGGAAGUUCUACUAAUUUUGAAGGACGAACAGACGAUGAUGAUGGAAUUUUGGGAAGUUCUGUCAACAGUGUGCUUCAGCAAGAACAAGAUAUUAAGGUAGACGACGAUUCGUCCGGCAGGGAAUUGUAUAGACUGGAUGAGUUACAAGACGUGAACUGUUUAGAUCCUAUUGAUGAACCCUAUGUGGGGCAGGAGUUUGAAUCUGAAGCAGCUGCGCAUGCAUUUUAUCAUUCAUAUGCCACAAGGACUGGUUUUGUUAUUCGUGUCAGCAAGCUUUCUCGAUCAAGGCGUGAUGGAUCUGCAAUUGGUCGUGCUCUUGUUUGCAACAAAGAGGGCUUUAGAACACCGGACAGGCGAGAGAAAAUUGUAAGGCAAAGGGCUGAGACGAGGGUUGGUUGCAGAGCUAUGAUUUUAGUUAGAAAGGUUAGUUCUGGCAAAUGGGUUAUUACAAAAUUUGUGAAGGAGCAUACACAUCCUAUGACUCCUGGAAAAGGCCGUAAAGAUCUAAUUUAUGAUCAAUAUCCAAACGAGCAUGACAAAAUCCGAGAACUAUCACACCAGCUGGCCAUUGAAAAAAAGAAGGUUGCAACGUAUAAGAGGCAUCUGGAGAUGCUUUUCGAACAUAUCGAGGAACACAACCAAUCUCUUGCAAAGAAGAUCCAAGACAUUGUGAAUAGCGUCAGAGAUAUGGAAUCAAAGGAACAAGUACGGCCUAGAUAUUGUUGACACUCGGGUUAUGUCACCGAUUGAAUUGAAACUACACAUGAUGUGCAUAAUGCCUUUGGAUGGAGAAAAUUUCCACAAGCAUAGCUGAUUUAUUUUCCAAAAUUUUGCCCCCAAAUGAGAUACAGAUUGGAGGAAUUCUGCUUACUUACCUUCCUGUGUUUGUCAUUUGUGCAUUACAUGCAGGGCGAGCGGGGGCAGAAUGUGUACUGUGUGUAAUCUCUAUUCGAUAUCCAUUCUGAGGUGUUUAGAUGUCUCACUAACUCAUAUUUUAUGAACCAGUGAAAUACUAAACAUGGAAAAUGCCUUAUGUUUCUGUCUUUGCAUGUUUAACUCAUGACUCAGGCUUGGCAAAUGAUUUAAUUUUAUCCAUUACUAAUAAGAUAUUGCUUUGCUUUUGUCGAUUUUAAGUCUAAUAGCUUACUACAUUUGAUAAGUGAAUAACUGAUAAACCCUUUUUGCAUUGCUUUCAGGAUUCAUCUUCUUUGAGAUAUAUGAUGAUUGUAUAUGUGGACUAAAUUGUCGAUCAGAUCUAUCUAUUCUGGGACAUGUUUUAGUUGUUUAAAGUACAUGCAGCUUCUAUUGUGCAGCCCACAACUAUGGUUCUCUUCUUAUAAAUCCAAUCGUGUUUGUUUCUAAAUGGUUCUUUAGUUUGUAAGAUUUUUAUUCUCACAGAUGAAUGUCGGUAACAUCCUUAGCAUCCAUUGCUGGCCGUCCGGUUUCCUGAACUCUUUCAGCAAUUCAACAGUUAUGGGCUGCUUGAAUCAGGUACAAGUUAAUAGGUGCACCAUCUUAUAUGUAAACUGCAUCCAUACAUAGAAAGCUAAAGCUUUUAUUGUAAUUGUGCCUUGUUUUGGCAAUUUUUUAUUUCUUUGAUAUUAAGAAUUUCUUGCAUUCAUGUAUCAGAUUAGGUCUCAUGGAAGGUUAUUUCUAUAAAUCUGCUGCAAUAUAAGAACUUGCUUGUUGGUGUGAAUAAUGGUUAGAGGUUAGAAUACAUAAUUUGUAGAAUCUGUUGUGAACAAUAAUGAAUAAAAUUGAAUGAAGUUAUACUUGGAGUGUUGGUUACAUGUUUGUAAAUUUGGUUAUUGGAAAGAAAACUAAAGUAUCCUGCACCAAAAAUUGUGCCUAAAACAGCUACCACAUUAGAAUAUAGAAGAGAUAAGAGGUAUCACAUAUAUAGAGUAUUUUUAAGAUCAAUAAAGGAUUGUUGAUAUGAUUUGCUAAGGGCAUCUCCAUUAUUAACCAUCAAACAAAGGAAAAAGAAAAGUUCUAUCUAGAGUUGCAUUAGGUUAUACACAAGCAUCAUCUGUACCAAAAACCUAAAGCAUACAUUAUAAAUGAUCCAAUGAAACCUUAUCUUUGUUUUCCCAAUAAAAUAGAAGUAGAGCUGUAGUCAUAUAUAACACAAUGAGCUGAUCGACUUCUUGUUGUCAAAGCUCCAAACAUGAGAUGUUGUACUUGUACAUAAUAUUGCUUUGUGUGUUAAAUGUGUUGCAUAAAAAAAACAAGUCUAUAUCCGAAGCUCGGAAGCAGCUGACAUCUAUACACAGCAGCACUUUAUAUUACAACAAAAAAAAACAAGAACUCAGAAAAGGAUUAGGCACAAGGCAAUGCAACAAAAAAGAAAGAUGGAUACUCUGUUGAGUGACUUGUCCAGCUGCAUUUCCUGCCUUCUUAACCUGGGGCUGCUUCUUCCUAGAAAAUGGUAGGAGUUCUGAUACGGGUACGCGAACAAACUAGUGUCUGAACUCCCAAACAUUCCGGCAAAUACCAUUUCACUGACCAUAUUAAUUGUCGGGCUGAAUGAGCUGCUGGCUGCACUAGGGCUCGGGGGUGCGAUCAAACCCUGAUUGUUGAAUGGAUGGGAAAUGUAAUGCUGCGGCCGAAAACCAGGGCUCUCAGGUUGGAAUGAUGACAGAUUAUUGUUGUUUGUUGCAAGCAGGGAAUCGACACUAAGUGGCGAAGGCCGGUUGGGGAUCGUCAAAUCCAAUUGGGGGGGCUUCUUGACCUCGGAUCCAUGUUCUUGACCUCGACCAUAGAGGGGAACCAGCGAGGAAGUAGAAAUGUAAGCCUUACAAACAGGGCACUUGGGUCGAUCAUCCUCCGACUCAAAAGAAGCCGAAGUGGUCUGAACAUGAAGCCAUUUGUAAAUGCAGGGCCAACAAUAGAGAUGGCCACAUAGUGUCACCACAGGAUCAAGGCAUGAAUCUAAACAUAUAUUGCAAUCAAAGCACUCUUUUAAGGUCUCAAGAUGCGCCCCGCGAGCCUCUCUCUGCUGAAAAGGCAUAAUGAAAACACAACACC